GUGUAUUUUUUCUGCUUUGUGAGGAUCGUUUUCAUUUUCAUUAGAACGCACGAAAGGGCAAAAAACAACAAAAUAAUAAUUGCUUGCAUUAUUUCGCUCUCUGUCUGACUGUGUGCCGCUUUACUCUCUUGCUCGCGCGUGCUGCCUCUGGUCUGCAUUGCAUCGUCAAAGGGUGGUCGGUCGGUCAGAAGUAGUGAAAAAAAACACCGCAUUUGGUUUGAGAAGGGGAGGUGAAAACUUGGUUUAUCCGUCACAAACAAGCGGUGAAGGUGGUUUUUCGGGAAGAAGAAAACGAAGAAGGUUAUUAAGCUAGUGUAGCCUCAUCAGUGGCCGUCGCCUUCAUUUGGAUAAAGAGCGCGAGUGCGAGGUUCGACGAGCCGCGCCUGGAAAUGAAAUGAAUGGGACCAUGGACCACUGAGAUAGAGCAAAUGCCGAUUUUCGACUUGCAUGGUGUUAGUUAUGUUAUUGUGUACACAUGAGCAGCCGGGCGGGCUAUAUGGAAAUGAGUUUGACACGGCGUGUGGAGCAAUAGCAUAGCGAGUGAGCCGAUACGAUAAGUCGAAUACAAAGCGCGCUAUAUAUGCACAUCAUAAGCUUAUGCUCGAUCUAUUACCAUUGCGAUUAAUUAAAGUGUUAGUUUACUGCGAAAGAAGUGACGAAGGCAGGCAAAGCUGCAAGCACAUGUUAUUUUUACAAUGCUAGAUUGAUUCGAUCUCAGUACGCUGCACGAUAAUCGAACUAGCAGUACCUAAUAGUAGUUUGACGAGUUAUGCUGAGUGUGAAGCAGGAAUGAAAAAAGUAUAUUUAAAUUUAUGUUGCUUGCAGUAAUCUGCGAUCCGGCGGAGGAUCGGCUCUAUAAAAAGUGUUUAGUGCUAUAGCUCUUGCGUGCAGUAUAGGUGGAUUGCAAAGUGUAGUGCAAGCAGUAAAAUAAAUCAGCAAAGAGCUAGACGGCGACAAUAGGAAGAGUUGUAAUGCGUGGGAUUUCUUGCUCUUCUCGCCCCGUUGUUCUUGGAUUAUUAUUCAUUUCUUCGCUGUCACCGUUUUAAAAAGAACAUACAGUCGAGCGCAGACGGAUACAAUCAUGGAUAUUAAGGUCGUCGGUGGAGCGUGUGGCUAUCACGGCCCGUACACCUUCUACAAGGGUGUUAAAAUCGCAUUCGGUACUUCCGAGUCCGGUACCUCGCCGGCAGUCACGGGCGAAUCCUGCUCUUCGGCGCCGUCCUGUGCAUCGUCGUUAGCGCCAUCUGCCGCAACGCCGCUAUCAUCUGCGCCGGGAACCGUGCAAUCGGUGGAACCAUUUAGCCAAAUACAGAGCACUGCCAGUUCGAAUGGCAGGAAUAGUUGUGUUAGUGGUGAUAGUAGUAUUAGUAGUAGCAGCAGCAGCAGCAACAACAACAAAGUGCAAACCAGCGCCAGUUCCAAACCGAAACCGACGCAACGAAAAUGUGUCAGUGAAAAUAGCAGCAGCAACAGCAGUAGCAGCGGCAGUACAACCGGUGUAAAUAAUUUAUGUAAUGCCACGGCAACGGAAAAAGAUGUCCUGCGACCGAUGGUGUUGGCACUGGGCGACUGCUUCCCGGUACGGCCGUGGUCCGAUUCACCAAUUGAGUGCCUCGCGGAACUGCGAAUGGUUUGGCGGGAUCGAAACGAGCAGUGCCUGCUGAUAGCCCUGCGGUUAUACUUUCUGCCGGAGAACACACCGUUAGGGCGAAACGUUCACGGAGAGGACGAAGUGCUGGCUAUUUCCGACAAGGUGAUUCUACGGGCGGAUGACCUGCUCACCUGGAUUGCACCCGAGCUCCAGUGGAACUGGGGCCUCCGAACCGUGUACAACCAGCACAGCGCUAAAGACUCCAUGUGCGCAACCCGCUUUCUCAGCAAAAAUUCAUCUCUCGAUUUCGCCGAUGUCGACAAGGAAAAACAUUCUGCCGAGAAUGCCGCUUCCAAGGUUGCAGUGCUGAGCUUUUCCCGCUACUGUCGCUACCGGGCCGUACUGAAACGUCUGGAGGGUGUCGACGAUGACUGGUUACGGAACACACUGGUGGAGACGCUCAGUGGCUUUGUGGCCACGACGGCCAACAUGCGGGUCAUGUUUUGCAAGGACACCUUCGACUAUCCGGAGCUGGAGACGCACGAGCUGCUGUGUAAUCAUUUGGCUCCGAAGCUGAAGGGUAGACCCCGUGGCAAGCGAAAGAAAACCCUGUCCGACUCGUCUACGCAGCCCAUCAAAAAGGAAGGAUUAUCCGAGGAGAGCGAAUCCAACGAUUCGGAUGUUUCGGAUUAUUCCUAUAGCAAGGUAUCACCCUCGAAGAAGGUCGAUCUGCAAGCAACGCCACGCUAUAAUCCACGACCAGCCCGGGCAGCACAGGGUAAACCGGUGCUCGCGGAUCCGAUCGCUGUACCAGUCGUGCCUUUGCCUGUGCCGAUACAGCCAACCAAAGCAGGACGUGGAAAGCCCCCCAAAGCUACCAAAUCGACGAGAGGGCGAAAGCCGAAGGUUGGUCGUAAACCGAAAGUGGCUAAAUUACUGCUGGAGAAAGACACCGGUGGUGCGCAGGAAAGUAAUCUCGAAGACGAUGAAGAAGACACCAGCACAGAUCUGCCAGGAAGAACUGAACCUAGCAUCCGUGAUGUGCAGGAAGAUGUUGGACGUGAUAAUGAAGACGAGGACGAAAAGGAAAAUAACUUAUUCCGACUUCAUGAAGGAAUGGCCGCCGACGAACGGGACUUUUUGCAACGGUUGCAGCAAUUUUUGGACGCGAAAGCGUUGGCCUACGCUAAUAGUCAGGCGAUAACAUUGCGUAAUGUGAAACUGUAUCUUAUAUACACUCGUGUCCUCAACAUGGGUGGUUACAGUGAGAUUAGUACUAAGGAAAAAUGGAACCAGAUACUGAGCGGGACCGGUGGCGAAAAUGGCCUUAUGAAUAGACGAAAGUAUGAGAAGAUACUUUUGCCAUAUGAAAAACACCAGCGAGAAAUCGCAGAGGCUGUGAAGAAGGAGAUCGAAGAGCAAGAGGAGGCUACGCAUGAAAGUCAGAUUUCACCGACACCGCACGAGUACGAAGUCAAGGAGAGUAUUGGAGAGGUGAAAGUGGAAAAGGUAGAAACGUUGGAACAGGAAACAGCGGUGACAAUAGAACCGAAGGAAGACAAAGAGAAUAAAGAAGCGGUUUGUCAAGCAGCAGAAGAGGUACUGGUAAAAAUAGAACCGGAAACCAAGGCAGCUGUGGAUUUCACUAAAGAAGAAUCGAGCGAAGUACAAAGUAAAGUCCGAGGAAAGGCUCUUUCUCCGCUGUUGGAAAAUAAUAACAGUAAUAGCAGUACGGUGACCGGCAGCCCUACUGGGGUUCAUUUGGGAAUGUCACCCGUAUCUGUUCCGUUGACGGUAAUUGUUCGGCCAAACAUUGAUGAAAAAGAUCCGCAAUCUUCGCAGAUUCAGAUAAAUCAACCGCACACAACCAUUACGGUUCAUCAGACUACUAUUCACCCUCAGGGCAAUCAGCCACCAAAUAGUCAACAAAUCAGUGGACAAAGUCCACAGCAUAUAACGAAUCAAAUUCAAAUCACAAAUCAAAUCCAAAUUCAACAGAUUACAGUGCAAUCGAGCGACAAAAACUCUAACGUUGGACCAAAUGAAAGUCCUCAGUUCAAAUAUAGCUUUAAACAAGAUAAAUCAGGUCAAGAAAUCAAUAUCGAAUCUCCAGCUUCAGCUGAUAGUUCCAAAGCGUCGAACUACGAGAACAACAUAAGUGCAACAUUAUUCCCAUUGAAUCGAUCGGCGAAUACGGAUCCCGAUCUGACCAUAAAAGAAGUAUCGGUUUGUCCAACAAGUGGAACAGUUUCGAUUAGUACUUCCAGUACAAAUCCACCUAGUGCGGUGAAUGCACCGUCAAAAACAACUUCAUUGCGACACGUUCGAAUGAAAGCCGAUCGUAAAGCAUCAACGAGCACGUCCAGUAGUUCACCAGCACCUGCCAAUGUUGGUAAAAAACAAUUUGAUCAAGAAAACAUUUCCCUGUUUAACAGUGGAACAGGACUUUUUGGAAAUCAAAGUCUUACUACGAUUACUCCUAUCGCUUCUAGUUUGCUUGGCAGUGCCGCUGGAACGGCGGCCAUUGCUGGUUUGGCAGCCGUUAUGAGUGGAAACCCUGCUGGUUCAGGGACAACAGGCAAUGCAAAUUCUCCACGAAUAAACAUCCCAACUCCAACCGAAGUGAUUGACCUCGUAGAUAGCGAUAACGACGAUGAAAGCGAUUCAUCAAUACCGACCAAGAAUUCCAUCCCGAGCAACACUGCCAAACAGGUUGGAUUGUCGAUUCGACCGAUUCCCUCUUUGCUGCCUCCGAUGAAGAAACGUAAGCUUGAUAUUCUUCGCGAAGGUGGACUCGAAGUGACACCAAUAUCCAACGGGGCAAGCAUUUUCUCUGCCAUCACACAGCACAGUCCAAAGUCGAGUCCCAAUCCUAUGCGCAUCAACAUCACGGCAGAGGUUACUCCCCAGCGGGGCGUUAAGACGGCGGGUGAAGACAACCGCCCGCGGGAACGGAAAUGCAUACCCACACCAAUCGAAUGUCAAACGCAGGGUAUGUACGCUAAGACUGGUCAAAUUUUCGGCAAUCCGAAGGAAAUUCCAACCAUUCCUAUUGUUCCAUCACGAUCAAUUCCUGCCAGUGCAACAAAUGUAGUUGCAAUGGAUCUACUAGAUUUAACCGGUGGCACUGCCACCGGAGUGGAAAAUUUAUCCGCCAAAACACCAGCUGGUCUGGAUUUUUUGCCUUCAACAUCACGUCAGCGAACUUCGUCCAAUAUUAGCGCUAAUCGUACUCCACGGACGGCACCAAGUCUGCAAAUUACGCUGGUUCCAUCUUCAAAUCAAAGUUCUCUACCAGUUACACAACCACCAGCAGCCAGUCCACAGCAGCAAAAUGCUCCGAAUAUCAGAAAGAAACAAUUCGAAAUUGUGCCAUUGCCAGCAACAGCCGGCACUCCACCCGCUGUUGUUCACCCGAAGGUACCUAGUCCGAAGAUCUCGCUUGGACCCUCAUCGUCUGGUUCAUCGGCUUCAAGCUCCAAUGGAACCAAUUCAAAUCCGAACUCGCUACUUGAAACAGGACUCUUAUUGGCUAACCUUCAAAAAGCAAACCCUCUUCUGGUGGCCAGUAUACUAUCCUCUUCUGGUUUAGCGAAAGCAUCCAUUCCGGGACUAACACAACUGCUGGGAACCCUUGCCGAGCAACCGCCAGUGCCACCAAAGAAAACUCAGCGCCGUCGAUCUAACCCUCAGACUCAACAAGCUGCCCCACUAAUUCAGCCACAGCCUGCAAUCGUACAACAAACCAAUCAGCAACCCAUCUCCCUGCAGUUUCCUUCUCCAGCAAAACAAAUACCGUCUCCACAGCAUCCUCCCCCAGCUGAUUCACCUUCCGCGCACCCGCUAAGUCAACAGAUAAAACUCCUACAGCAGGUUCAACUGCAGCAGCAGCAAAAAUUGCUCCUCGAACAGCAACAGAAACAAGCCGCACUCGAGCAGCAACAGAAAGCUCAAGCGCUGGCAUUGGAACAGAAGCGGAUUCAGGAACAAAAGCAGAAGCAGCUACAGAUGCUUCAACAAAUUCAACAACAGCAGUCUGCCGCAUCGAACGCGACCAAUACCCGGGUGCACUUGCCACCGACUCAACCGCCAUCCUCUUCACCGGCCCAGUCAGCAUCUUCAUCACCGGCCGGGUCGAGCUUUCCAUUCGAUCCGAUCUAUCUGUCAGCCAUCUACUCCAAUCCCAGCCUAUAUUUGCAAACGUUGAGUCCGGAGCAGUUGCUACAGUUCUACAAAAAUUUACCCAAUAUGGCCGCUUCCGUGAUGCCACCCAGCAGUAAAAGCUAGCUGCACUAAGCGACUGCCAGCAAAGUUUGUUUUCUAGUAAAAAUGAAAACAUACGUAUCGUUUGUACCUAUAUUGUUAGGAUAAUGACGUGCAAAAGUGGCAGAAUCGGAAAAUCCAACGGUUCGUUAUUCGGUUGAUCAAACGCGCGGAAAUAGAAAUAUGGAAUCAUUGAGUGGAAGUCAGAACAAAGUAGUUCAAGGUUUGAUUUUAGUACUUUUAGUACUUUUAGUAGGUAUAUAAGACCAACUAUAACGAAAUUAUUGAUUAGUUUUUAGUUAUUCAGAUAAGUGACAAAUAUUAGUCUGUAAUAUGUUUUUUUUCUUUUCUACCGAACAACGGAGAGUACAUUGUUUUAGUUUUAUAUCUGGUUAUAAUCGAUUUAAGAACAAGAACACACCUAGUAUACUAAAUGUAUGGAUAUUGGAAGCAAAUGAA